AUGCUGCCAUUGGGGUUCACCUCCACUUUCUCUAUGGGAUUUCAUCUGUUAGCCAUUGUGGCGCUCUUAUUUUCCCACGUGGACCACAUUCGUGCUGAGAGUGAAAUGGAAGGAGAAGGAAAUGACACUGGCGAAUGUACCGGUUCGUAUUACUGUAAGAAAGGAGUGAUUUUACCCAUUUGGGAGCCCCAAGACCCUUCCUUUGGGGACAAAAUUGCGAGAGCUACUGUGUAUUUCGUGGCCAUGGUUUACAUGUUUCUUGGAGUAUCUAUCAUUGCUGACCGGUUCAUGUCCUCGAUAGAAGUCAUUACAUCUCAAGAAAAGGAAAUAACCAUAAAGAAACCCAAUGGAGAGACGACCAAGACGACCGUAAGAAUCUGGAACGAGACAGUUUCUAAUCUAACCUUGAUGGCUCUGGGAUCUUCUGCACCUGAGAUUCUCCUUUCAGUCAUUGAAGUUUGUGGUCACAAUUUCACUGCAGGAGACCUGGGUCCCAGCACCAUCGUGGGAAGUGCUGCAUUCAAUAUGUUCAUCAUCAUCGCCCUCUGCGUGUACGUGGUCCCUGAUGGAGAAACAAGGAAAAUAAAGCAUCUGCGUGUGUUCUUUGUAACAGCAGCCUGGAGCAUCUUUGCCUACACCUGGCUUUACAUAAUUCUGUCUGUCAUCUCUCCUGGAGUUGUGGAGGUCUGGGAAGGCUUGCUUACUUUCUUCUUCUUUCCCAUUUGUGUCGUAUUCGCUUGGGUUGCAGAUAGGAGGCUUCUGUUCUACAAGUAUGUCUACAAGCGGUAUCGGGCUGGCAAGCAGAGGGGAAUGAUUAUUGAACAUGAAGGAGACAGGCCAUCAUCCAAGACCGAAAUCGAAAUGGAUGGGAAAGUGGUCAAUUCUCAUGUUGACAAUUUCUUAGAUGGUGCUCUGGUUCUGGAGGUUGAUGAGAAGGACCAAGAUGACGAAGAGGCCAGGAGGGAAAUGGCUAGGAUUCUGAAGGAACUCAAGCAAAAGCAUCCAGAGAAAGAAAUAGAGCAACUAAUCGAGUUAGCUAACUAUCAAGUCCUCAGUCAGCAGCAAAAGAGCCGCGCGUUUUACCGCAUCCAGGCAACUCGCUUGAUGACUGGAGCUGGCAACAUUUUAAAGAGGCAUGCAGCAGACCAGGCGAGGAAGGCCGUCAGCAUGCACGAGGUCAACACCGACAUGACAGAGAAUGACCCCGUUAGUAAGAUCUUCUUUGAGCAAGGGACUUACCAGUGUCUGGAGAACUGUGGGACUGUUGCCCUCACCAUAAUCCGCAGAGGUGGUGAUUUAACCAACACCGUGUUUGUGGACUUUAGAACAGAGGAUGGCACAGCCAAUGCCGGGUCUGACUAUGAGUUUACCGAAGGGACUGUUGUCUUUAAGCCCGGGGAGACCCAGAAGGAAAUCAGAGUGGGCAUCAUUGACGAUGACAUCUUCGAGGAGGAUGAGAAUUUCCUUGUACACCUCAGCAAUGUCAAAGUGUCUUCUGAAGCUUCAGAAGAUGGCAUUCUGGAAGCCAAUCACAUUUCGACCCUCGCCUGCCUCGGGUCUCCCUCUACAGCCACCGUGACGAUUUUUGACGAUGACCACGCGGGCAUCUUUACUUUUGAGGAGCCUGUGACACAUGUGAGUGAGAGCAUUGGCAUCAUGGAGGUGAAGGUCCUGAGAACAUCGGGAGCACGAGGAAAUGUUAUUGUUCCCUAUAAAACCGUUGAAGGGACCGCCAGAGGUGGAGGAGAGGACUUUGAGGACACGUGUGGAGAACUCGAAUUCCAGAAUGAUGAAAUUGUCAAAACUAUCUCAGUCAAGGUAAUUGAUGAUGAGGAGUAUGAGAAAAACAAGACCUUCUUCCUUGAGAUUGGAGAGCCCCGCCUGGUGGAGAUGAGUGAGAAGAAAGCCCUGUUAUUGAAUGAGCUUGGUGGCUUCACUAUAACAGGAAAAUGCCUCUAUGGCCAGCCUGUCUUCAGGAAAGUUCAUGCUAGAGAACAUCCGAUUCCCUCCACUGUAAUCCGCCUCACAGACGAAUGUGAUGACAAACAGCCCUUGACGAGCAAAGAGGAGGAAGAGAGGCGCAUUGCGGAAAUGGGGCGCCCCAUCCUGGGGGAGCACACCAAGCUGGAAGUGAUCAUUGAGGAAUCUUAUGAGUUCAAGAGCACCGUGGACAAACUCAUUAAGAAGACAAACCUAGCCCUUGUGGUUGGAACAAACAGCUGGAGAGAGCAAUUUAUUGAAGCAAUCACUGUCAGCGCUGGGGAAGAUGAUGAUGACGAUGAAUGCGGGGAGGAGAAGCUGCCCUCCUGCUUUGAUUAUGUGAUGCACUUCCUCACUGUCUUCUGGAAGGUCCUCUUUGCCUUCGUGCCGCCGACAGAAUACUGGAAUGGCUGGGCAUGUUUCAUUGUUUCCAUCCUCAUGAUUGGCCUGCUGACCGCUUUCAUUGGAGACCUGGCUUCCCACUUUGGCUGCACCAUCGGCCUGAAAGAUUCUGUGACCGCUGUGGUGUUUGUUGCACUUGGAACAUCAGUGCCAGACACAUUCGCCAGCAAAGUGGCCGCCACACAGGACCAGUAUGCAGAUGCGUCCAUAGGUAACGUCACUGGCAGCAACGCGGUGAAUGUCUUCCUGGGAAUUGGCGUGGCUUGGUCCAUCGCUGCCAUCUACCAUGCGGCCAAUGGGGAACAGUUCAAAGUGUCCCCUGGCACGCUAGCUUUCUCUGUCACUCUCUUCACCAUUUUUGCUUUCAUCAAUGUGGGGGUGCUGCUGUACCGGCGGAGGCCAGAAAUUGGAGGUGAGCUGGGUGGGCCCCGGACUGCCAAGCUCCUCACGUCCUGCCUCUUUGUGCUCCUGUGGCUCUUGUACAUUUUCUUCUCCUCCCUGGAGGCCUACUGCCACAUAAAAGGCUUCUAA